AUGGAACAUGUCUUUCACAUGAAGGGUGGUGUGGGAGAAACAAGCUAUGCAAAUAACUCCUCACUUCAGAGAAAAGUGAUAAUGGAAGUGAAAACCAUACUUGAAGAAAACAUGAUAUUGAUCAUGUCCAACAAAAGUAUAAAAGGUUGUUGGAAAAUAGUUGAUUUAGGUUGUUCUUCAGGACCAAACACACUUUUGUCCAUCUCCAAUAUCAUGAACAUCAUCCAUAAAAUUAACAUGAAACUAAAUCAUGGGAAACCUGUAUUUCAAAUAUAUCUCAAUGAUGUAUUUGAAAAUGAUUUCAAUAAUAUUUUCAAGUUCCUUCCUGAUUUCUACCAACAAGAAAAAGAAAAGAAUAAUGGAGAAUGCUUCAUAAGUGCAACACCAGGAAAUUUUUAUGGAAGGCUCUUUCCAAAUUAUUACAUUGACAUUUUUCAUUCAUCCUAUAGUCUUCACUGGCUAUCUAAGGCACCAAAAAUUUUGGUCAAGAAUGGAGAACCACUCAACAAGGGAAAUAUUUACAUAUCCAAAACAAGUCCUCCGUGUGUUUAUGAAGCAUAUUUUGAGCAAUUUGAGAAAGAUUUCAGCUGUUUUCUAAAGUCACGCUUCGAGGAAUUAGCAUUGGAUGGUAUGAUGGUAGUAACACUCAUGGGCAGAGAAUCAAUUGGUGCAAUUACUUCUGUUGAAGAGGUAAUUGGCAUGGUACUCAACGAGAUGGUUCAAGAGGUAAAUACGAAUUCAUAA